UAAAGACUUAGGCAUUGCAGUUGGCUAUGUCGCCAUAUCAUGAUGCACUAUGAUCAUAAAUCAACGCAUUCUAAUAGAGGAUAAUAGAGGAAUAACAAUAGAGGAAGACCAGCACCAUACUUGACGAAAGAUAAGCGAAAGAUACGGCGGUGAAAAGGCUACAAGCGGUAGUGCUACUUAAAACGAUCUUAUGAGUAUGGCUGCUAAAGAAACAAAACGGUGGGCGAGAAUGGUGUUUCCUCCGCGGUCAUACAGCACGGAGCUAACAUCUGCAACAUCAAGAGUAUCCUCUCCCGCGGACCCCUGGAAAGUGAACGCUGAGAUAAACUCAAGUCAAGCUGACCUCAUAAUGACAAAAAACAAACGAUCUCUUAGAGAGUUACUCUACGAGUUUGCAGAUGGAACCAGUGCCCAUGGUGUGGGCAAGAUAGGUUCGACCGCGAAAGCCAAAUCUUGGUUUUGGUGUGGUUUUUGGGUACUGGUGACUCUGACUUGUGCAGGUAUGGUGAUAUCUCAAGGGAUUUUGUUAUUGGAAACAUAUCUCGACAAACCAACGAAGUCUGAUAUUGACGUCACGUACGUGAGGACAGUUCAAUUUCCUGCAGUGACCAUAUGUAACCUUAACAUUAUAAGGAGAUCCAAAAUUCGUUCUUUUGGGGACACAGAAGCAAUCGUGAGCACUUUUGACAAAUUUAUGGAGCGAGAACCGCCAAAAGACGGACAUGAACACGAUAAGGAAGGUGCAGCAGCUAAUCAGUCGAGUUCCAGCAGUUCAUCAACCUCAUUCGGUCCUCCGGACAGACAAAAAGAAGCCAUGAAGGAAUCUUUAAAGAUUGACGAUUCAAAUGCCGAGGAACACAUGAGAUUGAGCAAUGUUACGGUCGACGAACAAGCCUACGCUGAAUAUCUGAUUCUAAGCACGUUAGCCAAGCAAAACAUAAGCGAUUUAAUGGAUGCGGGACAUAAAUUUAAUGAAUUGGUGUUUCGUUGUAAUUGGAAAGACUUUUCGUGUAAAGAUGGCUCUUCUUAGGGUUGUAUGUAUUCGUGUCUAGCUGAGGCGCAGAAAGAGAAAUGCAAUUGCACUGAAGGAAAAUUCCCUGUGGGUGGAGAGAUAUGUUUGAAUGUUACUGAACUGCAAUGUGUUCAAGAACAGCAAAAGAGAUAUGAUAAUGACGAACUUGGUUGUUCAAGACGGUGCCCUCAACCUUGCCAGCAAAUGAGUUUCAGGACGUCAAUGUCCAAUUCAGCGUGGGCUCUUUAUUACGAGAAACAAGUUCAAGCAAUGAUGCGAAGAGAAGGCAACACCAAUUUCAAAAAUAUGGGAAACGACAAAGACACAUUACGGCAAAAUUUCCUAAGAAUAAAGAUUUAUUUUGAGGAACUCAACAUGGAGAAAAUAACAUACUCCGAAUACUAUGCAUUUGAGAAUCUGAUGAGUGACGUGGGAGGGCAGCUAGGUCUUUGGAUCGGUGUGUCCUUCAUCACGGUGGCCGAAGUGAUUAAACUGCUCCUGGACAUGAUCAGGGUGCUGGCUCGUAAAUUUUACCUCACUGACGGAGAAGUUCGAGAUAUCCAUGAAAUGAAGUGAGGAUCGUCCCUCAAAGUGCUUAAGUAAAUUUUAUAUAAUCAAAAUACGUUCUACAAGGAAACCACUUAGGCUUCAUGAGGAUCUCCCAAGAUCUAAAUGUAAACUCUCCUUACUAUCUACUACACAUAUUUUAUAAUUAUUAGGUCUAACAAUCUGGUAGUUAAUCAAACAGCAUCCAUAACUUGGUGUCAGUUUCAUCUCCUCCGCAUUUUUCUGCUGAACAAUAUAAUUUGGUUUUAUCGACUGAGUUCAAAAUGUAAAUGAGCCACCGUAAAGAG